CUGGGAGUCAGAGGUGGCCCGCUGUAGAUGAGCAGCUGAUCUUUCAUUCUCUUUUUGUUAGUAAUCGCAUUCAUCUAUCCCUUUGAACAAAGAUUUUAUUGACCAUUUUCCACCGAAGAAGCCUGGGACCUUCAGCUGCCACGAUCAAGUGUCUGUGUGUGUCCAGGAUUCUGCUGAGAUCUUCCGGACUCUGUCACCAUGGGGAUUAAAGCUGCUCUUCCCAAAUACGAGAUCUACUUCUACAACACGGUGCUCUGUCUGGCAGUGUUCUGGGCCAGCAGCUGGAUCUUCCAGGUGUCCAGUUCCAGUGUCAACAGAAGGAUCUUCAAAACCAGCGUGACGCCAGGAUGGUACUAUUUCGGAAGGAGAAUGGACACGGCAGAUUUCGAGUGGAUGAUGUGGUUUUCCACCUUCCGCGAUCACAUCCUGUUUGCUCUCUCUGGUCAUGUGCUGUUUGCAAAAAUCUGCUCCAUGCUGGCUCCACAGUACAGGUCUCUGGUCCACAUGGUGUACGGGUUCCUGGCAGUGUGGACCAGCAUGGGCUGGACCUACGUCACGCUCAUCCUGUCCCACUGCAUCCUGCUGUACAGCAUCUCGCUGGUGAAAAUCCGCUGGCUCUGCUUCGCCACUGGCCUGUGCACGCUGGCCACCUUCAAGUGUGAGCCCUUCGUCUCCUGGCAGGGAGGUUUUGUUCGAGGUGACUUUGAGCUGCGUCAUGUGCUCUUCUACGGAGGUUGUGGCUUCACCAUCAUGCGGUGUAUUAGCUUUGCUCUGGAGAACUGUGAGAAGAAAGAGGGCAACUACAACAUCCUGGAGCUGCUCAAGUACAACUUCUACCUGCCGUUCUUCUACUUCGGGCCCAUCAUGACCUUCGACAAGUUUUACCUGCAAGCCAACAGGACUGACUUGAACCGGAAAGAGGGGGAGCUGUGGAACAUCAACCUGCAGGCCCUGGCGUGUGUGGGGGUCAUCCUUGUGGUGGACGUGCUCUUCCACUUCAUGUACAUCCUGACCAUCCCCAACGACCUGAAGCUGCUGAAGCACGUGUCGGACUGGGCUGUGGUGGGUCUGGCCUACUUCAAUCUGCUCUACGACUGGGUCAAAGCUGCUGUCAUGUUUGGCGUCAUCAACACCGUGUCCAAGUUGGACUACCUGGAUCCACCCAAGCCCCCGAAAUGCAUCACCAUGCUCUACGUGUUUGCUGAGACCCACUUCGACAGAGGGAUCAACGACUGGUUGUGCAAGUAUGUUUACGACCACCUGGGUGGGAAGCACAACAACGUGGUAGAAGAGUUGGUGGCCACACUCUGCACCUUUGGGGUCACUAUCCUGUGGCUGGGACCUUGUCAGGUGGUGCUGAUCUGGGCCUUCUUCAACUGUUUCGGCCUCAACUUUGAGUUGUGGGUGGCUCAGUUUUUCUCCAUGGAGCCUUUUGUUUCCAUCGAGGCUGCCAUGUCAGAAGCAGCCUGUCGUCGGGUCAGAGCUGUUUUCAACACCUUCAACUUCUGGACCAUUGUGCUCUACAACAUUCUGGCCCUCAACAGUCUGGACUUUGCCAAGCUGGUGGUGAAACGACUGCUCCUGAAAGGUUUCCCUAUAACCACCAUCCUCGUGAUGUUUGUCACCUAUUGCCUCAUUCAAGUCAUCAAAGAGAGAGAAAGAAGACAAGCCCUCAUCGAUGACCCCGAUCCCAUCCCUCCCGCCCCCCCACAGACAAUGACGGCAACCGUGACCACCAGCAGCCCAGCCUCCGAUCAGCCAGCUGUAGAUCCCAGCAAGGAGAAAGCAGAGUAGACUGUGAUCUUAAGAGCCACUCAGUAUCAUGCCAUCAUGUGACUUUGGAAGGUUUGUUCAUCAUCAGGUGCAA